GCGUCUAGCCCGACGCAUGUUCUCACGAGUCCGACGCACAGCUCGAACGGCUUCUCUCGAGUCGACAGCACCGUGAGCACGGUGAGUUCCGCCGGCAGCUUCUCGAGCGAGCCGGCCGAGGCGUCGUCGCGGAUGAUGUACACGGUCGUGUUCGUCUACGAUGCGACGGGCGACGACGAGCUGACUCUGCGGCGAGGCCAGCAGCUAGAAGUUCUGUCCAAGGACAGCAAAAUCUCAGGGGACGAGGGCUGGUGGACGGGCCGAAUUGGCAAUAAGGUGGGCAUCUUCCCGAGCAACUUCGUCACGCAGGCGAACGGCGUUUCGCCGCCCGUCGACGACAACUGGCCGUUCGAGAUCCUCUUCGAAGACCUAGUGUUGUCGGAGGUGAUCGGCGUCGGCGGGUUUGGGAAGGUGUACCGCGGCACGUGGCGUGGUGACGAGGUCGCUAUUAAAGCGGCGCGCCACGACCCCGACGAACCGAUGUCGGUGACCGUCGAGAACGUCCGCCAGGAGGCGAAGCUGUUCUCGCUGCUCAAACACAAGAACAUCGUCGAGUCGAAGGGCGUCUGCCUCAAGGAACCGAACCUGUGCCUGGUGAUGGAGUACGCACGCGGCGGGUCGCUUAGCCGAGUGCUUAAUGGCCGCCGAAUACCUCCGAACAUUCUCGUCGACUGGGCGAUUCAGAUCGCGGAGGGCAUGAACUACCUGCACGUGGAGGCGCCCAUCACGCUCAUACACAGGGACCUGAAGUCGAGCAACGUGCUAUUGAAGGAACCAAUCGACGACAACGACCUGUGCAGCAAGACAUUGAAGAUCACCGACUUUGGGCUGGCGCGCGAGGUAGACAAGACAACGCACAUGAGCCAGGCGGGCACGUACGCGUGGAUGGCACCCGAAGUCAUCAAGUCCUCAACCUUCUCCAAGUCCAGUGACGUGUGGAGUUAUGGCGUGCUGCUGUGGGAGCUGCUCACGGGCGAGACGCCGUAUAAGGGCAUCGAUACGAUGGCGGUCGCUUACGGAGUCGCCGUCAACAAGCUCAUCCUACCUAUCCCAUCGACGUGUCCUGGUGCCUUCAGGAAACUCAUGGAAGCAUGCUGGUCGAUUGACCCGCACGAGCGUCCUAGCUUCCCGGAGAUCCUCGCCCAGCUGCGCGAGAUCGAGGCGUCGCCGUUCAUGAACACCCCGCAGGAUUCAUUCCACAUGAUGCAGGACGACUGGAAGCUUGAGAUCGAGGACAUGUUCCACGAACUCAAGUGCAAGGAGAACGAGCUGCGGUCGCGCGAGGAGGAGGUGACGCGGGCGCUGCUGCAGCAGAAGGCCCAAGAGGAGUUCCUCAAGCAGCGAGAGCAGGAGCUCGCCGAGCGAGAGAUCGACCUGCUCGAGCGAGAGCUGAACAUCAUGAUCCUCUCCCAGCAGAACGACAAACCCGUGCCAAACAAGCGCAAGGGCAAGUUCAAGAAGAGCCGCUUAAAGCUGCUCAAGGGCGGAAGCAAUCUGAUCAGCAGGCCUUCGGAUUUUCGGCACAACAUCACGGUGCAGAACAUCAAUGAGAAGUGGAGCGGACGGGGAACAACUAGUCCCGACACUCCUCCCAGCUCACCAGUCUUCCCUAGGUUUCGUGCCAUCGCAAUGCCAGGACAAGGAAAGCCCAAAGGAAAAACGUGGGGCCCUAGCUCCGUCCAUCAAAAAGAGAAAGUGACGACAAGACAGCGCAGUAGCGUAGAGAGGUGGUCAAAAAGUGCGCCAAACCUGGAGAAGUCGCUUCGUAGUCUUGGUGGCUUGGCCAACAUUCCUGCCGUGAGAGAGAUGUAUCUCGAGGACGAGGAAUGGCCGGAGGACAUGAUGCGACCGAAAGCGGCCAACCACUCGCAGAACGGCGUCGACGGCGGCGGCAGCGGUGGCGCCACCAAGCACUUCCCGCAGCGGAAAUUCAGCGAGCAGAUCAUCUGCGGCAUCGGCGCGAUGCUCGCGUCGCUCGGAGCCGGAUUCGACAUCCGCCUCACGAACACGACCGGCGUGCACCCGUCCGUGGAUGCGGACGCCGCCGCCGCCGGCAGCAGACGAAGCUCCAUGCUCGGGUCGGACUACGAGUUUACGUCCCCCUCCGGGUACCCGCACAACACGUACCACGGCGCGACGUCGCACCCCCGGCCCGGGCUGGACGAAGUCCGAGCCGGCGGCAGCAGCGGGGGAGCGCGUUACGAGUCGCCGCAGCGUGCGGCGCUGCGUCGCCGCUCCCGUAACCUCGACACGGAGAUCCGUCGGCUGUCGGCGAGCAUGGACAACGAGGGCUACGUGAACAGCGACAGCGACCGCUCGGGUGCGCCACCGCGGGGCGGCGCGUCGCAGUACCCGCCCGAGCUGUACGUGCCCGAGAGCAUGCGUCACCACGGCGACGGGGACGCGGGCGGCAAGCGGCAGAGCGUGACUUUCGAGGACACGAGCCCCGUGCGCUACCACCGCCGCACGCCUUCCAACUCCUCCGCCUCCGGCGCCGCCGACAACGAGAGCCCGCUGCACGGACACCUCAGCCGGCAGAACAGCCGCGACUACAGCCGCGACGCGUACCGGCAGGAGUACGCGGCGGCGGCGGCGGCGGCGCAGCGCGACUACCACAGCCCGAGCCGGCAGGAAUUCAGCAGUCCGGCGCGCCGCCCCGACUUCCACCGCUCGUCGAGUCAGAACAGCGACUACCACCGGCCGGGCAGCGCGACGGGCGGCGGCGACUCCGCCGUCUACCUGAGCCCGAGUCGUCAGCAGAGCUACGACAAGGAUGUUUAUUACCGCAGCGAGUACAGCAGUGCCGUACGGCUCGCCCGCGCACCGCGGUUAUAA